AUCAAUUGAAAAGAAGCGAUUGGUUGCAUGGAUCCUCGAUGCCAAGACGUUUUUCUCCCGUGAGAACUUCUUCGAUCUUUCCCCAGAUUCCUCGAUAGCCCCCACACUUUAAGAGAAUUCGAAUAAGCACUGGGCUUUAUAUAAAGAUAGCUUCCUCGAAUAAUUGAUGUGGUAGAUUCUUUAGAAUUUAUUAUAUAAACAAUCUUCAAAAAUAUCUGUUUUCUAAUUCGGAAACCAUCAUAUAUCCAAAGUAACAAACUCAUUUGGAAUUACUUAAUAUAAAAAGGCUAUGUCUUCGGGAAACAACCAACAACCCUCGCUCAUCGGUGGCCACGCCGAAUACAUCAAGGGAGCCACAGAGUCUACCAUUGGUAGUGUAACAGGUUCCCAAGCCUGGACAACAUCCGGAGAGCAAGCCAAGGCUCACGCAGUAGACGCCAUGAAAGCUGCCGGCGAAAACCGCGAUCCAACGCAAGGAUACGGACAGGUCGAACAAAAGCUAGGCCAAGCAACAGGUUGUGAAGGAAUGGUCAAGGAGGGAGCUGCCAGCAAGAAGCCCGAAUAAAUACCUAUUGUAAUAGUAGUAUAUCACAGUAUCAAUGGCGUUGGGAUCCAACUCCCGGUAGGGAAUGUGUUGCAAUUGUACAGGGUUAAUUUAUGUGCUUUCCAAUCCGUUUGUAGCGGUGUACUAUGAAAUCUCAACGGUUACUUACGAAUCGAUUAUCACCAAGUCUUAUGACUGGUGCAUUCGACGUUGCAGUACGCGUACACCAUAUUAUAUUGGAAUGUUAGGGAGUGUCGAUUAGGUAUACUGGUCGCUUUAUUUUCAGCGCUUAACUCGUUAUUGAAAAUAUAGUAAAAUGCUCAUCAAUAAGCAUUUCAACAUUGAUUCCGAAUCGUAGUCUUGUAGUCAUUGAAAUAACAAUGUCACCCAUCCACCAAAAUCGUAUUUUUACGCGAAUAGAAGUUGGAAGCAUAUCAAUUCCUAUUAUUCUACCAAUGCGAUUUUGAUUUUCCCAUUAAUAAGAGUCUAAGUAUGAGACUAGAACAUCGAUCCAUCCCACCUACAUUGUAACUAACUACAUUUAAGCUACAUCCAAUGUUGAAUAGAGGGUGGUGUAUUAAUUUAAGUACUGUCCGUUCUAGACGCAUAAUUCUC